UCCGACCCGAAACCCAUGAAAAAAAGGGGUAUUUUGGUAAUCCAGAACAGAGAUGCGCAAGAACUAGGGUUUCACCGCUAUAAAUGAUCAUGAUUUCCCGUUUUUUGCACUAGCUCGCCAUUCCCAACUCUUGCAGCAAGCAAAAACCCUAGCAGGGAAGGAGUGUUAGCUAUGGCAACAGUACCUGGGCAGUUGAUAUGGGAGAUAGUGAAGAAGAACAACUCAUUUUUGGUGAAACAGUUCGGCAGGGGAUCUGCUGGCAUUCAGUUUAGCAAGGAGUCGAACAAUCUCUACAAUCUCAACUCCUACAAGCAUUCUGGGUUGGCAAAUAAGAAAACAGUCAGCAUUCAGCCAGGAAAAGACCAAUCUGUGGUUCUUGCUACAACUAAGACAAAGAAACAAAACAAACCUGCGACUUUGCUUCACAAGUCUGUCAUGAAGAAGGAGUUCCGCCGAAUGACCAAGGCUGUGGAAAACCAGGUUGGAGAUAAUUAUUACAGGCCUGAUUUAAAGAAAGCAGCUCUUGCAAGGUUGAGUGUUGUGCAUAGGAGCCUGAAGGUUGCCAAAUCUGGUGUCAAGAAGAGGAAUAGACAAGUUCAGAGGCUCAGUAUUAGGAAGUGAGUAGUAAGUUAAGCGGAAAGGAUGUGCUCUGUUUUUCUCCUAUUCAUAGACAGUGAAAAAUUCUCCAACCCUGGUGGCUUUUAUUUGAAUGUUGAUUUAUGUUUAGAUGUUGAACUAUAGAGAUUGUUAUUUACUCCGGAUAAUUUGGUUUGUGGUAUUUUAUAUUAACUUUUGGGCAUUGGGUUUUGAUUAAUGCAGUUUUCUUUUGUUUCA